AUGGCUCCAAUUACCUCAAAUGUUAAUGACGUGACUAGUUCGUUUGUAUUACUUCAAACUUCCAAGUCAAAGAAGAAUCUACAACAACAUUCAACUGACUUGAUUCAUUCCAAGGAACAAAAUUUAACUCAUCUAUCCAUGGCACUACCAACACGUGCACCUAAUGAUUAUAUCGAAGAUCAAGAAAAGCUUGAAAAAAUGGCAGCAGCUGUGACAACAUUAUUGGAAUGUAUAGGUGAAGAUUCACAACGUGAAGGAUUAAUCAAGACACCCAUGCGGAUGGCUAAAGCAAUGCUGUAUAAUACAAAAGGCUAUGGUCAAAGCUUAGCAGAUGUAUUAAAUGAAGCUGUUUUUGAAGAAGAUCAUGAUGAGAUGGUAAUUGUACGAGACAUUGACUUGUAUUCCAUGUGUGAACAUCAUAUGGUACCAUUUACAGGCAAAGUACAUAUUGGAUAUAUACCGAAUGGCAAAGUAUUGGGAUUAAGUAAACUUGCUCGUGUUAGUGAAGUGUUUUCAAGACGUUUACAAGUACAGGAACGACUGACGAAACAAAUUGCAAAUGCUAUCAUGGGUGUCAUUGAACCAAAAGGCGUAGCAGUUGUGAUUGAAGCGACACAUAUGUGUAUGGUCAUGAGAGGUGUGGAAAAGAGUGGAGCUAGUACUGUUACUAGCUCUGUUCUUGGAGUGUUUAAGAGUGAUCCACGUACGAGGAGUGAGUUCAUGUCGCUUAUUCACAGUAGAAGAUAA